CAACAAUAAACAUUCCGCUUGAGGGCGCUAUUCAAUGUUUAUCAUAAUUAAUUGGACAUCAUGCAUGUUGGAUGAGUGCGCGUAGGAAGAGUCCUCAUCCACACACGAGGCAUGCAACCUCCGCAUCUUCCAACGAUCAUCUCAUUAGUUGCCAUGCCGAUUAUGUUAAUGAAGAAGACAUCUUCGUCAUGUCAGAUGAGAUGACGACACAUAACAUGGACGGAGAUAAACGGUGGUCCAACAUCUAAUCGGUACGACGAUAAAGUGGAUGUCGCUCCCCGACCAGCCCGUUAAGCACCCGCCCCAAAAGUUGGAGCCCAUCAAAACCAUGGCCUCCACCCAGAAGCUGGAGACUAUGGAGCUGCACAGCCUGCACCUGCUGGGCAACACCACCCGCCUGCCCCCGGUCCCCAAGGCCACCACGCCCACGAUCCGCCUGUCGGUACCCCCACUGGGCCACUCCCAGCACCACGGGGUGGACAUUGUCACCUCGGACCACGAUGAGAUUGGGGGUUUCUCCAAUGCGGGUUACUUGUCCGAUGGAGGGGCCAUUUCUCCCAUACAAGUGGAGGGUGCUUCAAGCGGCAAGCAGAGCAGUUUGAGCCACUUGUCCUCGGACCAUGAUGGCUAUCAUAGUGCUUUGUCAACAAGCCCUUGCCCUUCAAAUAUUUCUGUCUUCAGCUCAACAGGGGACCUGAGUCAAGCAGUCAGGAGUCCGGUCCAGCCUAUCCUUGAAUCCCUCGGCCUGCCGCACUCUCAGGACGUGAUGCACAAGCGCUUCAGUCUGCCGGGCUCCAUGGAUCACCUCAGCCCCAUCUCAGCCAUGGGUGUCAAGUCCUCGGAUCCCCAGGGGACCAGCGGGUCCAACGGUCACUCCCCGGCCCUCCGCACCUCGUCGUUGCAGAACUCUGACCUGUUGUUGAGCUCCGGCAGUCGCUCGCCGUCCUGGGGGAUGAGCCGCUGGUUUCAGAAGCGACCCUCCGCGGUCAGCUCCAUCAGCAGUAUGAGCGAUAUGAGCUGUAUGAGCAACAGCUUGGAUGAGGAUACAGUUGCCGCUAACACUCGACAGAAACUCCAAAAUCUUGUCAAGACUGUCACUCAACGAGCCAAGAAAGUGGGACGCAAUGAGGUCACGCCCAUCUCCACUGUAUCGGCUACACUUGCACCCCCAGCUCCAACCAACGUUCGCAAGCGACUGGACUCCUUUGCUCCCAGCAGCGCCACAGACGUCACCACGGAGAUCCAAGUCAAGAAAUUUUGGGGCUGCUGCCGGGCGGUCACUCUGCGCAACCUGAUGGCUAAGUUCAAACCACCGGACUGUAUCGACCCAACAGGAGGCAUGUGGUUGGCCUGGUUGUGUCUGGUAGCUAUGGUCUUCAUCUAUAACGCCGUCUCCAUCUUCCUACGAGCGUCUUUCCCGGAAAAGACCAUUGGGAAAGAGACCAGCUGGCUCUACUUUGACUAUCUGGGUGAUCUCAUCUACUUCCUUGACAUCAUCCUACAUACCCGACUGCUCUUCUUUGACAAUGGUCAGAUCCAGAGAGACAAGGUGUUGAUGAGGAAACAUUACACAAAGUGCUUGCAGUUCAAGUUUGAUGUGCUGUGUCUACUUCCCUUGGAUUUCAUCUACUUUGCCGUCGGCAUCAAGCCAAUCCUCCGUCUGCCCCGACUUCUCAAAGUUCACAGCUACAACGAGUUUGUGGAGAAGUUUGAGAACAAAUCCAAAUCGGCCAACGUCUUCAGAGUUGUGAAAACCAUCGGUUACCUGCUUUACAUGAUCCAUCUGAACACAUGCUGCUAUUAUGUCAUCUCAACAUGGGAGGGUAUCAAAACCAACGAUUGGGUCUACGAUGGCCUGGGCAAUGCUUACAUCCGCUGCCUGUAUCGAGCGACAAAGACCCUGAUCACCAUUGGCAACCUCCCAGUUCCAGAGACGACGUUUGAGAUCUUCUUCAUGAAUAUAGAUUUCAUGGUCGGCGUAUUCGUGUUUGCAACCAUCAUUGGACAGAUGCGAGACAUUGUAGGCGCAUCAGGGGCGGCCAAGGGGGCGUUCCGUCGUCGCAUGGACAACACCAUGUCACUGCUGAAGAUCUGGAAGAUCCCCGAGAGCGUGCAGAGAAGAGUCCGUCUGUGGUUCAUGUACUCCUGGGAUCGUAGAGAACUACUCAAUGAGAAGGAAAUCAUGAAGAACGUGCCGAUCAAGAUGCAGACAGAUAUUGCCAUCCACGUUCACAUGGACACACUCAGCAAAGUCUCCCUGUUUCAGGACUGCGAUAAGAUGCUGUUACGUGAUUUGGUGUUGAAACUGCGACCCGUUCUGUUUCUGCCUGGUGACUACAUCUGCCGCAAGGGUGAAGUUGGCAAGGAGAUGUACAUCAUCAAGAACGGCGUGGCACAGGUACUGGGUGGACAGAACAACCGAACAGUGCUGGCCACACUGCAUCCAGGCUGCUACUUUGGCGAAAUAAGCUUGCUGAGUGUAGGAUGUGGUAACCGUCGCACCGCCGACGUCUACUCCCCGGGCUACUCCAAUCUGUUUGUUCUGGACAAGAGAACACUGCAAGAGGUUGUGACCAACUACCCGAACGCACAGGAGAGUCUGAAGAGAAAAGCGAGAGAGAUCCUUAAAAAGAACCAGGCCAACGAUACCAAGGGCAAAAAGCGACGGGGCAAGUCGCUGAUUGCAGAGUCUAUCCUGAUUAAUAAGGAUAAGGACCAGGAGCCCAGCUUCUUCAACGCCGUGCUGGAGGUGGCCCGAGCCAACAAGAUCGCCAACACCAUUCUGAGGGGCUCCUACCGUAGCGGCCUGGACGAUAUCCCGGACGAGGUUGCCCACUACUCCAAGUCCGACAUCUCGUCCGACGAGAUCAUCUUCGGCAGCAAGGGUCAACGCAAGAAGAGGAAGAAGCUGGUCAAGAGGGCCAAAAAGCACCAACAGGAUCCCAACCACUCCAACGACGACUCGGAGUCCCAGAACGAGCACAGCCACCCCGAGGCCAGCCGAGGGGAGGGGAUGGCCCACACCAAACGCCCCCUGCGCCGGGCCGCCAGCGUCACAUCCCCGAACCUCAAGGACCUGCACGUGAUGAGCGUCAGCAGCAAGCAGCACGGUCGCGGCGGUGGUGACGGCAGCGAUCGCCGCUUGCCCAGGGAGAGCAUGGGUAACAUGAAUCUCCUGUGGGACAAGGAGGCGGAGAGGGAGUUGGCCAGUAGGAGCAGUGUGACCGGUAGCAUCCCGCUGGAAGAAGAUGAGGAUGACAUCCGGAGCUCUAAGGGGAAGCAGAUGCAGAAGAGCAGCUCCAAGUCAAGCUUCUCUGGCAUCAAGGAGAGGCAUCUCAUGGCCCGCAGCAUCAGCGAUGUUGAGAGAGAGGAGAAACGCACCAGACAGCUGGAGUGGCAGCCCACCCCGCCUCAGACCACGGAGACGGGAGUGGAACAAAGGCCGUCCACUACACCCUCCAAGGAAGAUGGCAGUAAAGGCCCCGAGAGCAGCCCGCAGAAAGCGAAGAAUGAUGGCAAAGAGGGCCCCGAUUCUGACCGAUCAGAGGAGGACAUAGACAAGGGGCUGUCGUCGGACGGAAGCAGCGGCACCAUGACCGGAUCGGACGGUCGUCAGAGCAAAGCAUCUACCUUACGAGGGGAGGGGUAUGACUCCAGCAAUGAGGCAUCAACGGGCUCCAAAAAUUAAUCACCUGAACCUUGACAAACGAUCAAAAUUGAUUAAAUAUUGAGAGUCUCUGGACUCCGUGCACAGCGGUUACACAUGAAGAGUUGGGGGAGUCUGGAACGCAUUGCUGGCGACGCCUGCUGCUCACUAGCCCCAUAAAUGUGGCCUAUUUACUGGAC